GCCACCAUGGGGCUGCCGCUAGCCUGCCUGGUGGCCGUCUGUCUGGCCCUGAGCUCCUCUGGGGGUGCAGAGCUCCAGAGAGAGGGCAGGACCCGGAACCAUGGCCACAGCGUCUGCAGCACUUGGGGCAACUUCCACUACAAGACCUUCGACGGGGACGUCUUCCGCUUCCCGGGCCUGUGUGACUACAACUUCGCGUCCGACUGCAGGCACUCCUACAAGGAGUUCGCAGUGCACCUGAAGCGGGGCUCGGGCAGCACCGGGGGGCACCCCCAGCUCGAGCACAUCCUGCUGAACAUCGGGGACGACACCAUCUACCUCACUCGCCAUCUGACUGUGGUCAACGGGGCCACGGUCAGCACCCCGCACUACAGCUCUGGGCUGCUCAUUGAGAAGAGCAACACCUACACCAAGGUCUACUCCCGCGCUGGACUUACCCUCAUGUGGAACCGGGAGGACUCACUCAUGCUAGAACUGGACAGUAAGUUCCGGAAACACACGUGUGGCCUCUGCGGGGACUACAAUGGCCUGCAGACCUACUCCGAGUUCCUGUCUGAGGGCGUGCUCUUCAGUGCCCUCGAGUUUGGGAACAUGCAGAAGAUCCACAAGCCCGAGGUGGAGUGCGAUGACCCUGAGGAGACGCCGGCCCCGGAGUCCUGCUCUGAGCACCGCGCUGAGUGCGAGAAGCUGCUGACAGCCGCGGCCUUCGACGACUGCCUGGGCCUUGUGCCGCUGGGGCCCUACGUGCAGGCGUGCGUGCAGGACCGCUGUGGGUGCCUGGCGGGCUCCUCCUGCACCUGCAGCACCCUCGCUGAGUUCUCCCGCCAGUGCUCCCAUGCAGGCGGGCAGCCCCGCAACUGGAGGACCGCCGAGCUCUGCCCCAAGAGCUGCCCCGGGAACAUGGUUUACCUGGAGAGCGGCUCGCCCUGCAUGGACACCUGCUCACACCUGGAGGUCAGCAGCCUGUGUGAGGAGCACCGCAUGGACGGCUGUUUCUGCCCGGAAGGCACCGUGUAUGAUGACAUCGCAGGCCUCGGCUGCGUCCCCGUGAGCCAGUGCCACUGCAAGCUCCACGGGCACCUGCACUCACCUGGCCAGCGCAUUAGCAGCGACUGCGAGGAGUGCAUCUGCACCGCCGGCCGCUGGGUGUGCAAAGACCUGGCGUGCCCAGGCACCUGUGCCCUGGAGGGCGGCUCCCACAUCACCACCUUUGAUGGGAAGAAGUACACCUUCCACGGGGACUGCUACUAUGUGCUGAUCAAGGGCGACCACAAAGACUCCUAUGCCCUCCUGGGCGAGCUGGCCCCCUGCGGCUCCACGGACCAGCAGACCUGCCUGAAGACGGUGGUGCUGCUGGCCGACAGCAGGAAGAACGUGGUGGCCUUCAAGUCGGACGGCAGCGUCCUGCUGAACGAGCUGCAGGUGAACCUGCCCCACGUGACCGCCAGCUUCUCCAUCUUCCAACCGUCCGCCUACCAUCUCAUGGUGAGCACCGCCUUCGGCCUCAGGCUGCAGGUCCAGCUCGUGCCCAUCAUGCAGCUCUUCGUGACGCUGGACCAGGCUGCCCAGGGGCGCGUGCAGGGUCUCUGCGGGAACUUCAACGGCCUGGAAGGGGAUGACUUUAACACAGCGGGCGGGCUGGUGGAGGCCACGGGGGCUGGCUUCGCCAACACCUGGAAGGCCCGGUCGAGCUGCCAUGACAAGCUGAACUGGCUGGACCACCCCUGCUCCCUCAACAUCGAGAGCGCCAACUAUGCCGAGCACUGGUGUUCCCUGCUGAAGAAGACAGAGACCCCCUUUGGCAGGUGCCACGCGGCCGUGGACCCCUCGGACUAUUACAAGAGGUGCAAGUAUGACACGUGUAACUGCCAGAACAGCGAGGGCUGCAUGUGUGCCGCGCUGUCCUCCUACGCCCGUGCCUGCGCCACCAAGGGCGUCAUGCUGUGGGGCUGGCGGGAGCAAGUCUGCAACAAGGAUGUGGGCUCCUGCCCCAACUCACAGGUGUUCUUGUACAACCUGACCACCUGCCUGCCCACCUGCCGCUCGCUCUCUGAGGCCAACGCCCACUGCCUUCAGGGCUUCGUGCCCGUGGACGGCUGUGGCUGCCCAGACGGCACCUUCCUGGAUGAGAAGGGCCGCUGUGUGCCACUGGCCAAGUGCUCCUGCUACCACCAGGGCCUCUACCUGGAGGCUGGGGAAGUGGUGCUGAGGCAGGAGGAACGCUGCGUCUGCCGCAACGGGAGGCUGCAGUGCGUGCGCGUCAGGCUGCUCGGCCAGAGCUGCUCGGCCCCAAAGAUCCACGUUGACUGCAGCAACCUGACAGCGCUGACCAUCCAGAACUCGCGACCUACCAGCUGCCAGACGCUGGCUGCCGGCCACUAUCAGACCGAGUGUGUCAGCGGCUGUGUUUGCCCGGAAGGGCUGAUGGACGACGGCCGUGGGGGCUGCGUUGUGGAGGAGGAGUGCCCGUGUCUGCACAACACAGACCUGUAUGCCCCUGGGGACAAGAUCAAGGUGGACUGCAACACGUGCACCUGCCAGAGAGGGCGCUGGACGUGCACCAAGUCGCUGUGCUACAGUUCCUGCUCCAUCUAUGGGAGUGGCCACUACAUCACCUUUGACGGGAAGUACUACGAUUUCGACGGACACUGCUCCUACGUGGCGGCUCAGGACUACUGUGGCCAGAACUCCUCCUCGGGCUCCUUCGGCAUCAUCACCGAGAACGUUCCCUGUGGCACCACGGGUGUCACUUGCUCCAAGGCCAUCAAAAUCUUCUUGGGGAGGACGGAGCUGAAGCUGGAGGAUAAGCGCCACCUGGUGAUCCAGCGGGACUCGGGCCACCACGUGGCCUACACCACCCGGGAGGUGGGCCAGUACCUGGUGGUGGAGGCCAGCAUCGGCAUCAUCGUCAUCUGGGACAAGAAGACCACCAUCUUCAUCAAGCUGGCCCCGUCCUACAAGGGCACAGUGUGCGGGCUGUGUGGGAACUUUGACCACCGCUCCAGCAACGACUUUACCACGAGGGACCACAUGGUGGUGGGCAGCGAGCUGGACUUCGGGAACAGCUGGAAGGAGGCCUCCACCUGUCCGGACGUGAGCGUCACCCCGGAUCCAUGCGCCCGGAACCCUCACCGCCUCUCCUGGGCUGAGAAGCAAUGCAGCAUCAUCAAGAGCUCUGUCUUUGGCAUCUGCCACAGCAAGGUGGACCCCAAGCCCUUCUACGAGGCCUGCGUCCACGAUUCGUGCUCUUGCGACACAGGCGGGGACUGUGAGUGCUUCUGCUCUGCCGUGGCCUCCUACGCUCAGGAGUGUACUAAGGAGGGGGCCUGUGUGUUCUGGAGGACGCCAGACCUGUGCCCCAUAUUCUGUGACUACUACAACCCCCCGGACGAGUGUGAGUGGCACUAUGAGCCCUGUGGGAACCGCAGCUUUGAGACCUGCAGGACCAUCAACGGCAUCCACUCCAACAUCUCCGUGUCCUACCUGGAGGGCUGCUACCCCCGGUGCCCGGAGGACAGGCCCAUCUAUGAUGAGGACCUGAAGCAGUGCGUCACGGCGGGCAAAUGUGGCUGCUAUGUCGGGGACACUCGUUACCCACCUGGAGGAUCCGUUCCCACCAACGAGGACUGCCAGUCUUGCGUGUGUACCAACACCUCGAAAGUCGUCUGCUGGCCAGAAGAAGGGAAGAUUCUCAACUACACCCAGGACGGCUUCUUCUGCUACUGGGAGGUCUGUGGCCCCAACGGGACAGUGGAGAGACACUUCAACAUCUGCACAACCUCAACCACCCGGCCGCCCUCCACCACGAUCCCCGUCACCACCAGUACCCCCCUCACCACCACCACCACCACCACCACCACCACGCCAACCACCACGCCGACCACUACCAUCACCACCACUCCGACCACCACGCCGACCACCACGCCGACCACCACCAUCACUACCACUCCGACUACCACGCCGACCACCACCAUCACCACCACUCCAACCACCACGCCGACCACCACGCCGACCACCACUCCGACUACCACACCAACCACCACCAUCACCACCACGCCGACCACCACGCCGACCACCACGCCGAUCACCACCAUCACUACCACUCCGACCACCACGCCGACCACCACCAUCACCACCACUCCAACCACCACGCCGACCACCACGCCGACCGCCACUCCGACUACCACACCAACCAUCACCAUCACUACCACUCCAACCGCCAUGCCGACCACCACCAUCACCACCACUCCAACCACCAUGCCGACCACCACGCCGACCACCACCACCACAGGCACACCAACCUCGACUCCCACCAUCACCACCACCACAGGCACAGAGACCCCGACCCCAACACCUACUCUGACCACCACGACCACCUCGACGUCCACACCUACUCCAGAACCCCCGACCACCACCAUCACCACCACGCCUACCCCGGGAUCAACCACCACAGGGCCAACAAUCUCUCCCUGUGUGCCUCACUGCAACUGGACGGGCUGGCUGGAUUCAGGUAAACCAAGCUUUACGAAACCGGGUGGAGACAUUGAAUCAAUUAAGGAUGUCUGUAAAGAAGACUGGGCAGUCAACAUCUCCUGCAGAGCCACGCAGUUUCCCAACAUUCCCAUCGGAGAACUUGGGCAAAAUGUGGUGUGUGACCUCUCUGUUGGGUUGGUGUGUAGAAAUGAAGACCAGAAGCCAGGGGGGAUCAUGCCGCAGCCCUUCUGCCUCAACUAUGAGAUCAAUGUCCAAUGCUGUAUAAUGCCUCACGACUGUAUCACAAAACCUCCUCCUACCACCACCCUGACCACCACCACCACCAUCACCACCACCGUGGGCACCCCAACCCCAACCCCCACCAUCACAACCACCACAGGCACAGAGACCCCAACACCCACCAUCACCACCUCUCCAAACACCACCAUGACCACCACUCCAACCACCACCACCACGGGCACUCUGACCCCGACCCCCACUAUCACCACCACUCCUACCACCACCAGCACAGGCACCCCAACCCCAACCCCCACCAUCAGCACUACCACGGGCACUGAGACCCCGACCCCCACCAUCACCACCACUCCGAGCGCCACCACUUCUACCACCACCACGGGCACACCAACUCCGACCCCCACCAUCACCACUGCUCCGAGCACCACCUCGACCACAAUCACCACAGGAACAGCAACCCCAACACCCCCUAUCAGCACUACCACGGGCACUGAGACCCCGACCCCCACCAUCACCACCACUCCAAGCACCACCACCAUUACUACCACCACCACAGGAACCACAACCCCAACCCCCAACAUCACCACCACUCCAAGCAUCACCACUUCUACCACCACCACGGGCACACCAACUCCGACCCCCACCAUCACCACCGCUCCGAGCACCACCUCGACCACAAUCACCACAGGAACCGCAACCCCAACCCCCCCCAUCAGCACUACCACGGGCACUGAGACCCCGACCCCAACCAUCACCACCACUCCGAACAUCACCACUUCUACCACCACCACCACAGGAACCACAACCCCAACACCGACCAUCAGCACGACCACAGGCACUGAGACCCCAACCCCCACCAUCACCACCACUUUGAGCACCACCACUUCUACCACCACCACGGGCACACCAACUCCGACCCCCACCAUCACCACCACUCCAAGCACCACCUCGACCACAACCACCACAGGAACCACAACCCCAACCCCGACCAUCAGCGCUACCAUCGGCACUGAGACCCCGACCCCCACAAUCACCACUACUCCAAGCACCACCACCAUGACCACCACCACCACAGGAACCAUAACCCCAACCCCCAACAUCAGCACUACCACGGGCACUGAGACCCUGACCCCCACCAUCACCUCCACUCCAAGCACCACCACUUCUACCACCAUAGGAACCACAACCCCAACCCCCACCAUCAGCACUACCACGGGCACUGAGACCCCGACCCCAACCAUCACCACCACUCCGAGCACCACCACUUCUACCACCACCACGGGCACACCAACUCCGACCCCCACCAUCACCACCACUCCAAGCACCACCACUUCUACCACCACAGGAACCACAACCCCGACCCCCACCAUCAGCACUACCACGGGCACUGAGACCCCGACCCCCACCAUCACCACCACUCCGAACAUCACCACUUCUACCACCACCACCACAGGAACCACAACCACAACCCCGGCCAUCAGCGCUAACAUCGGCACUGAGACCCCGACCCCCACAAUCACCACUACUCCAAGCACCACCACCAUGACCACCACCACCACAGGAACCACAACCCCAACCCCCACCAUCAGCACUACCACGGGCACUGAGACCCCGACCCCCACCAUAACCACCACUCCGAGCACCACCACUACUACCACCACCACAGGCACACCAACUCCGACCCCCACCAUCACCACCACUCCAAGCACCACCACUUCUACCACCAUAGGAACCACAACCCCAACCCCCACCAUCAGCACUACCACGGGCACUGAGACCCCGACCCCCACCAUCACCACCACUCCGAGCACCACCACUUCUACCACCACCACGGGCACACCAACUCCGACCCCCACCAUCACCACCACUCCGAGCACCACCUCGACCACAACCACCACAGGAACCACAACCCCAACCCCCACCAUCAGCACGACCACAGGCACUGAGACCUCGAUCCCCACCAUCACCACCACUCCGAGCAUCACCACGACCACAACCACCACAGGAACCACAACCCCAACCCCCACCAUCAGCACUACCAUGGGCACUGAGACCCCGACCCCCACCAUCACCGCCACUCCAAGCACCACCACUUCUACUACCACCACAGGCACACCAACUCCGACCCCCACCAUCACCACCACUCCAAGCACCACCACUUCUACCACCACUACCAUGGGCACACCAACUCCGACCCCCACCAUCACCACCACGCCAAGCACCACCUCAACCACCACCAAAACGGGCACACCAACUCCGACCCCCACCAUCACCACCACUCCAAGCACCACCACUUCUACCACCACCACCACGGGCACACCAACUCCGACCCCCACCAUCACCACCACUCUGAGCACCACCUCGACCACAACCACCACAGGAACCACAACCCCAACCCCCACCAUCAGCACUACCACGGGCACUGAGACCCCGACCCCCACCAUCACCACCACUCCAAGCACCACCACUUCUACCACCACCACGGGCACACCAACUCCGACCCCCACCAUCACCACCACUCGAAGCACCACCUCGACCACAACCACCACAGGAACCCCAACCCCAACCCCUACCAUUGGCACUACCAUGGGCACUGAGACCCCGACCCCCACCACCACCACCACUCCGAGCACCACCACUUCUACCACCACCACAGGCACACCAACUCCGACCCCCACCAUCACCACCACUCCAAGCACCACCACUUCUACCACCAUAGGAACCACAACCCCGACCCCCACCAUCAGCACUACCACAGGCACUGAGACCCCGACCCAAACCAUCACCACCACUCCGAACAUCACCACUUCUACCACUACCACCACAGGAACCACAACCCCAACCCCGACCAUCAGCACGACCACAGGCACUGAGACCCCAACCCCCACCAUCACCACCACUCUGAGCACCACCACUUCUACCACCACCACGGGCACACCAACUCCGACCCCCACCAUCACCACCACUCCAAGCACCACCUCGACCACAACCACCACAGGAACCACAACCCCAACCCCGACUAUCAGCGCUACCAUCAGCACUGAGACCCCGACCCCCACAAUCACCACUACUCCAAGCACCACCACCAUGACCACCACCACCACAGGAACCAUAACCCCAACCCCCAACAUCAGCACUACCACGGGCACUGAGACCCUGACCCCCACCAUCACCUCCACUCCAAGCACCACCACUUCUACCACCAUAGGAACCACAACCCCAACCCCCACCAUCAGCACUACCACGGGCACUGAGACCCCGACCCCCACCAUCACCACCACUCCGAGCGCCACCACUUCUACCACCACAGGAACCACAACCCCAACCCCCACCAUCAGCACUACCACGGGCACUGAGACCCCGACCCCCACCAUCACCACCACUCCGAACAUCACCACUUCUACCACCACCACCACAGGAACCACAACCCCAACCCUGACCAUCAGCGCUAACAUCGGCACUGAGACCCCGACCCCCACAAUCACCACUACUCCAAGCACCACCACCAUGACCACCACCACCACAGGAACCACAACCCCAACCCCCACCAUCAGCACUACCACGGGCACUGAGACCCCGACCCCCACCAUCAUCACCACUCCGAGCACCACCACUACUACCACCACCACAGGCACACCAACUCCGACCCCCACCAUCACCACCACUCCAAGCACCACCACUUCUACCACCAUAGGAACCACAACCCCAACCCCCACCAUCAGCACUACCACGGGCACUGAGACCCCGACCCCCACCAUCACCACCACUCCGAGCACCACCACUACUACCACCACCACAGGCACACCAACUCCGACCCCCACCAUCACCACCACUCCGAGCACCACCACUUCUACCACCACCACGGGCACACCAACUCCGACCCCCACCAUCACCACCACUCCGAGCACCACCACUUCUACCACCACCACGGGCACACCAACUCCGACCCCCACCAUCACCACCACUCCGAGCACCACCACUUCUACCACCACCACGGGCACACCAACUCCGACCCCCACCAUCACCUCCACUCCGAGCACCACCACUUCUACCACCACCACGGGCACACCAACUCCGACCCCCACCAUCACCUCCACUCCGAGCACCACCACUUCUACCACCACCACGGGCACACCAACUCCGACCCCCACCAUCACCACCACUUCGAGCACCACCUCGACCACAACCACCACAGGAACCACAACCCCAACCCCCACCAUCAGCACUACCACCGGCACUGAGACCCCGACCCCCACCCUGACCACCACGACGACCACCACCACCACGAGCACCCCGACCAUCACCACUACCAUGGGCACUGAACCUGCAGAAUCAACCACGCUUCUGACCACCACCCCAACAAUCGUGGAGACAUCCAGCACACUAUCACCCUCCCCGCCAACAGAAACAAAGGGCACUACCACAGGAGGCACUUCGCCUUCUCCGCCCACUCCUGCUACCAGCACUCCAGGCAUGCAGACCUCUGGUCCCACCUCCUCGAAGACCACCCCCACCAGCAAAACUACAACCGGGCCCCCCUCACCCACCCCAGGAGCCCCCUCCACGCCCACUCCCAUGACUGUGUCAACAACCACCAUAGGAACCUCCACACCGCCCACGCCAUCCAGGCCACAGACCACCAGCACCACGACCUCCCGUGUGCCCACCCCUACACUGACCCCGAUCUCCACCCCCAACCUCACCAUAAGCACAGGCACAGUCAUCUCUUCCUCUCAGGUCAUCUGCUGCGUUUUGAACGACACCUACUACAUACCAGGUGAGAUGAUGUACAAUGGCACGCACGGGGACACCUGCUAUUAUGUGAACUGCUCGUUGUCCUGCACCAUGGAGAUUUUCAACUGGUCGUGCCCGUCCACACCCACACCCUCCACAACACCCAGCCCUUCCAAGCCGACACCCGCUUCAACGCCCAAACCAGCCGCGCCCACAGCAUCGAGCACGCCGGCCACCACCAAGCCCCCUGCGUGCCCAGACUUUGAUCCUCCCAGACAGGAGAAUGAGACGUGGUGGCUGUGUAACUGCACCAUGGCGAUUUGCAAGUACAACAACACGGUGGAGCUCGUGGAGAUGGAGUGCGAGGUCCCGCCCAAGCCCACCUGCUCCAACGGCCUCCAGCCCGUGCUCGUCAAGGGUCCCCACGACUGCUGCCAGCACUGGGAGUGCGACUGCUACUGCACUGGCUGGGGGGACCCACACUACGUCACGUUCGACGGGCUGUACUAUAGCUACCAGGGCAACUGCACAUACGUGCUGGUGGAGAGGGCCACCUCCACGCCAGACAACUUCGGGGUCUACAUCGACAACUACCACUGUGACGUCAACGACCAGGUGUCCUGCCCCCGCACACUCAUCGUGCGUUACGAGUCCCAGGAGGUGCUGAUCAAGACGCUGCAGAUGAUGCCCAUCAAGGUUCAGGUGCAGGUCAACAGGCAGGUGGUGGCCCUGCCCUACACGAAGAAUGAGCUGCACGUGUACCAAUCCGGCAUCAGCUACAUGGCGGAAAUCUCCAAGCUGGGCGCCCUCAUCUCCUACAAUGGACUUUCCUUCUCCAUCAGGUUGCCCUACCACCUGUUUGGCAACAACACCAAGGGCCAGUGUGGCACGUGCACCAACAACACUGUGGAUGACUGCGUGCUGCCCAGUGGGGAGGUCGUUUCCAGCUGUGAGUUCGCAGCGGAUCAGUGGAUGGUGAACGACCCCUCCAAGCCACACUGUCCCCAAACCAGAGUCACCACCAAGGGCCCGACCGUCACGCCGCUGGGGGGCAACACCACCUCCCACAAGGACUGCGCCUCUCCUCUCUGCAAGCUCAUGAAAGACAGCUUGUUUGCCCCGUGCCAUGCCUUGGUACCCCCCCAGCACUACUACGAAGCCUGCAUGUUCGACAGCUGCCUUGUGCCUGGCACAGGCCUGGAGUGCGCCAGCCUGCAGACCUACGCCACCAUCUGUGCCCAGGCGAACAUCUGCAUCGACUGGCGGAACCACACCCAUGGGGUCUGCUCGAUGACGUGUCCGCCUCACAGGGAGUACCGGGCCUGUGGUCCUGCAAACGAGCCCUCCUGCGAGUCUAGCUUAGUCGCCGCAAGACUCCCAAAGCAGAGGAGCACCGGCCUGGUGGAAGGCUGCUUCUGCCCCGAGGGCACCAUGAACUACGCCCCAGGAUUCGACGUCUGUGUGGACUUGUGUGGCUGUGUGGGACCUGACGAUGUGCCUAGAAAGUUCGGGGAGCACUUUGAAUUUGACUGCAAGGACUGCGUGUGCCUGGAGGGCGGGCGCGGCAUCAUCUGCCAACCCAAGGAGUGCCGCCAGGAGCCGGUCACCUGCACAGAGGACGGCACCUACCCGGUCACGGAGGUCAACCCCGCGGACACGUGCUGUAACAUCACGACCUGCAAGUGCAAUACCAGCCUGUGUGAGGGGUUGCCGCCCAAGUGCCCGCUGGGCUUCGAAGUGAGCAGCAAGACCAGUCCUGGGAAGUGUUGUCCGCACUACUCUUGUGUGCCCAAGGGUGUGUGCGUUCACGGGAAUGCUGAGUACCAGCCCGGGUCCCCAGUGUAUUCCUCCAAGUGCCAGGACUGUGUCUGCACCAGCGGCAGGAAUAGCAGCUCACAGCUCAACGUCAUCUCCUGCACCCAUGUGCACUGCGAUAACUCCUGUAGCCCCGGCUUUGAGCUGGUGGACGUCCCUGGGGAGUGCUGUGGCAAGUGUCAGCAGACCCACUGCAUCAUCAAAAGACCCAGCAUGGAGAACAUCAUCCUAAAGCCCGGGGACAUGAGUCACGACCCCACGAACAAUUGCACCUUCUUCAGCUGUGUGAAAAUCCACAACCAGCUCAUCUCCUCCGUCUCCAACAUCACCUGCCCUGACUUUGACCCCAGCAUCUGCCUCCCAGGCUCCAUCACACUCCUGCCCAAUGGAUGCUGCAAGAAAUGCAUCCCUCGCAACGAGACCAGGAUCCACUGUUCCACCGUCCCCGUUACCAAGGAAAUUUCUUACUCCGGCUGCACCAAGAAAGUCACAAUGAAUUCCUGCUCUGGGUCCUGUGGGACCUUUGUCAUGUUCUCGGCGGAGGCCCAGGCCCUGGACCACUGGUGCUCUUGCUGUAAGGAGGAGCGCACCAGCCAGCGAGAGGUGCAGCUGAGCUGCCCUGAUGGCCGCUCCCUGACGCACACUUACACCCACAUCGAGAGCUGCCUGUGUCAGGACAGCGUGUGUGAGCUCCCGCGGGCCCCGCACCGCCUCCCUCCCCGUGCCCGGCGCGCCAGCCCCCGGGGCCUGCCCCCGGGGAGGGAUUGAGCAGGGCCCCGCCGUCCAGCCCCCACCCCAAAACCGUCCUCUGCACGCCCCCCUCCCGCUGACCCGCUGAGCUUCCUCACCUUAGCGGACCUCCUUUCUACGGAUAUUUAUUUUCCGAGUCUUUGUUCAAGUCUUUGCUUUCCAAAAUAAACCUGGGCAG